AUGUCGCUCACACAAGAACUCGCAUCCUGGGGUCCCCUCCCCCAGCUCGCCGUCUGCUCACCUCCAGUCGCAGAAGCAACAUUCCUGGCUCUCCGCACCGCAUCUGCCACCCACCCAUCCAUCAACUUCCUCGCCAUAUCGCACAGCUCCCAAUCCUCCACCGACAAGUGGAUCGCCGCCCUGGGCGGCACGGGCCCCUCGCUCACCGUGCUCGUGGACAAUGAGCGCCAGAUGUAUGCCAAAUGGGGGCUGGGCGUGAGUUCCUGGGGCCAUGUGUUGAGUCCGGCAGGGUUGAUGGGGAUCUGGAUGCUGGGCAAAGAGAAGGGGAUCUGGAAUCGGCCGACGGAGAGUGGGAGUUGGUGGCAGACGGGGGUGUGCGUGGGCGAUGGAUGA